GCGUGUAGUGUGGGCCGCGAAGAAAACACACGGUGUAUGAUAUAUGUUUGAUGGGGCCGUGUGUACGAGUCCAGCGCAAUGAUGUCCUGAUGUGGCCAGCAAUGCAAGAUGGUUAGAGAGACUAGACACCUUUGGGUCGGAAAUUUACCGGAUAAUAUUCGAGAAGAAAGGAUACGGGAGCACUUCAAACGGUAUGGCAAAGUGCAGAGCGUGAAGAUCCGUCGCGAUGCGGACGGCGUGUGCGCGACGGUGUCCUUCAUCGACCUCCGGUCGGCGGCCAAGGCGCACGUGGCCGAAAACAAGCUGGACGAGCGGCUGCUCAAGACCGAGUACUACGAGCCGCCCGCGGCCACGCUCUUCUCGCACGACGACGCCGCCGGCGCGUCGGCCUCGUCUUCGUCCUCGGCCUCGGCCGCCUCUCGGGUCGCCCCGUCGGCCCUGGUCGCGCCCGGCGGCGCAGUCGCGGGCGGCGGUGGGGCCUCGGCGCUCGUCGGACCCGGCUGUCCGCCGUCCGCGGCCGUCGCGCCCCCCGGCGCGCCCUACGCUCCGCAGGGUCCCGCGAGGAACCCGAGGUUUGGUGAUGAACGGGGUUAUUACUAUGAUCGUACGGGGGAUCGGGAUCCGUACGUGCGGCGAACAACGGGCUACCACGACGAGGACGGCUACCAAAGCCGGGGCCGUUCGAGAGAUCGAUACGCACGCUCGGCGGCCUCCAAUGCUUCUGCCUACCAGGACGGGACGGACAGGUGCCAGGCUUCUUCGAUCUUACCUGGACAGUACGGAAGUGGAAGCCACUUCCGUACUCAUGGCGUAUCAGCGCGGCAGCCAGCACCACUGCCGCAAUCGAGCCACUUCGACGCAUCAGGCGGCUACGGCUUGAGUCCGGCGGCCGAACCCUACUCUGAUGACAAGGACAGCGGUUCACCGUCGGCGGCGCGUAGCGGGCUGGUCUCACGGAGAGGCUCGGCGGUCAGUUCGACGGUCACCUCUCCCCCGCAGCAGCCGCAGCUGCAGUCACAGUCACAGACGCAGCAGCGGUGUCACAAUAAGCACGUCUCGAGGUCCGAGUCACGGUCGCGCUCCAGCUCCCGAAGUUCAAGCGGCAGCCGCCUAGGAUCGUCAUCUUCAAAGAUUCGCUCCAGUUCUAGCGACAGUAGUCGCUCUCUCUCACCUAGCAAGUCACCCCCACACCAUUCGAGCAGCACCAAGGCGUCACGCAGCGAACGGCCAGCGAGCGCUGUGACGGCAGCACCAUCAUCGAGUUCAUUUUUGCAGUCAACCAUCUCCACACCAAACAGUAGUAGCACCAACGCCAACAAUGGAAGCAGUAGCAACUGCUUGCAAAACAACAACAACAACUCCCUUGACGGGAGCAGUAUGGGCGACAGGGAGGACAAGCGGCCACUCGGCAUCUGUGUUCGGAACCUACCGGUCAGGUCCACUGACACAAGCUUAAAAGACGGCCUCUUCCAUGAGUACAAGAAACAUGGCAAGGUCACCGUCGUCAAGGUCAUUGGGCAGGGUACCGAGCGGUACGCUGUGGUCUGCUUCAAAAAGCCCGAGGACGUGGAGAAGGCGCUGGAGGUGUCCAAGGACAAGCUCUUCUUUGGCUGCAAAAUCGAGGUGACAUCGCAUGAGGGCCUGGACGGGGAAGACAACGAGUUCAGGCCGCUCGAAGCGGAGUUGGACGAAUACCAUCCGAAGGCGACGCGGACCCUCUUCAUUGGCAACCUCGAGAAGGACAUCACCACCACAGAACUGAGGAAACACUUCGACCAGUUUGGUGAUAUCAUUGAAAUCGACAUCAAGAAGCAGGGCUCGGCAUCGUCGUACGCCUUCAUCCAGUACGCGGACAUAGCGAGCGUGGUGAAGGCCAUGCGCAAGCUAGACGGCGAGAACCUGGGCGCCAACCGCAUCAAGCUGGGCUUUGGCAAGAGCAUGCCCACCAUGUGCGUCUGGCUGGACGGGGUCACCGAAAUGGUCUCUGACAAGUUCCUCAGCCGCACCUUUGGCCGCUACGGUCCCGUCUCCUUUGCGGUGGUUGACCGAGAGCGUGGCCACGCCCUCGUCUACUUCGACAGCCUGGAGUGCGCGCAGCACGCCGUGGCCGAGAUGCGUGGCAGGGUCCUGGGCGGCAAGAAGCUGCAGGUUGAUUUUGCUAGUCGUGAGUGUCAGUCUGCUUUCUUCGACAAGAUUGAAAUGUCUGGCCAAGUUCUCCAGAAUGACCGGAUCUGGGAAGGAAGGAGGGAACGUCGGCAGGAGUUUGACGUGAUACGGGACGAGAGGUUUACAAGAGAUGGCCGGGGGGUAGCCUUUGAUGGCCGUGGCUACAGUCGCUAUGAAGCCCAGCAGCGCACAGCUGGGCGGGGUCCCAGCCGCGGCCUGCAACGAGGAGGAACCUACAACAGUCGAGGCCGGGGCCAACCAUUCGGGCUGCGUUACGAUGGCACUGUCUACCAAGAGGAAUUGUGUGAUCGGAGACACAGGUUUUCGGACAAAGAUGACAGCUUAGAAGACAUCACCCCAUACGAAGAACGGGCAGAGCGCCUCAAACACAUAGACGGAGUCUUGGGUACUGCUGACUGGGCGCCCCGGAAGACGAGCAGCAGCAUCAAAAAACACCGCAACUCAACAAGUGAUCAGGAAAGUCACCACAGCCAGUCGCCACCGCAAUCUCGGCAUCACAGCCGGUCCCCGCCACCGUCAGUCAAGGGCUCUAAGAAGGGAUCGUCCAAGGAGCGGCCUUCUCAGCGCCACCGGCUUAGCCCUGGCCGGUCAUCCUCCCGGAGCCCAGUGGUUAGGGACGUGGCUUUGGAUCUGGAGGAUGUGCUUGUGGACGUGCGAGACAUAAGGCGGCGUUCAUUAGAUGGACCUCCCAAGUCGGACUCCAAGGAAUUGCCACUGGCUUCCGUGUGCAGCAAGCUGGAGGCUUUCCAGGACUCUGGAGGCGAACGAAUACGCAGCAGCAGCUGCAGCAGCAGUCGUACCAGGAGGGAAGAAGACGUCAACUCGACGAGUGAUUCGCCGUCGCAAUUGGAGCGCAAGAGGCGCUUAUUAGGGCUCAAGGAGAGCUCGGGUGGCUCACGGCCGGAGGACAGCCGCAGUGAUACUGACUGUGCCGAAGGUGACGAAGAGCUGUCCAUACGAUCUGACAGCAAGUACCUUUCGAAGCAGGUGCAAGACAUUCUAAGCUCCAGUGAUGGUGAGUGCUCCCCGAACGCUGAUGGAGCUGCCAGAAAGAAAGGGAAGGGUUUGCCAACUGACACAUCUGCAGCAACGAGCCGUUCACGGUCCACCAAGGACAUCCCCAGCGUUGUGUCCAAGAGGCUGCCCACAAACUGUAGGACUGUGGGCAGUUUUGAGACAAAGUUUUCUGUGGAAGUGCCGAGUGUCAGGGUGGGUGAGCUGUUACAGAACGCAAGGAAGCAGAUCGACCCAAGGCGGCGGUUUGAUCACAACAGGGUGUCCUCUACCGUGAGUUACCUCCGCGCAAAGAAAGUGCAUUCAGACCCGAGCCUGGUCUCGUCAACGGACAGUGAGGUGGGUUCACAGGAUGCAUCCUUGACCGUGCAUUUGUCCAACAAGCAUGGUGAAGAUGGCAUCGAUGAAGUGUCCUCUUCGAGUGAUAACCCACCACCCUUAGUUCGGACAUGGUCUUUUCUCGAGUCUGGCCCAAUGUCCCUUCCCCUGCCCAAGUUUGCGGCUACUCUGCGGUCACCCAAGGCAUCCCCUUGUGUGGGUGCAUCCCCAAUGGCCAAUUCACAGAGUCCACGCGGCAACUGUUCACCCUUGAGUGCCUUGAACACCAAGAAUGGGCCUGUGUUCCCAGAAGCCCUCGCCAGGCCCGAGAAGCCAGUCGAAGAGAAGCCAGUGGAGGUCAUCCCGCCAGAAACGGUGCCCGAGGCUCUCUCUCCGAGUCCAUCUCCCAAGGUGAAGGGCCCUUCCGAUUCCAAGCUGCAUGAGAGCUCCUCUGACUCUGAAGGCUCGCUACCAUCCCCAAAUCGUCCGUCUUUUGAUGAGCGGAUAAGGGCACUCGAUGAGAGGUACAAUGCCCUCACAGGACCCACUCGAACAUAUACAGGCCCUUCGUUGGCUGGUGCCACUGUAGAGACGCCUGCACCAGUGACGAUUGACUACAACAAGUACAACAUCAAGAAAAGGCCAAGAUUUCCAGCUCUUUCUCAAGAGUUUCGUGCUGAGCCGUCGGAAAUCAUGAAGACCCUGCUGGCCAAAACCACCAUCCUUGACCAGGACUCCAAGCGGCUGGAGCAUAUCAAUGAGAAGUAUGAGCCGAAGGACGUCAAGCUCGACCUUUGCUCGAGCAGUGCCAAGCCAUUGUUUCGUACCAAGGCAGCCGCCAAGGAGUUCUCAACUCCGUUGUCCCUUCCUUCACUGGGCUUUUCUUCGUGCACUCCUGCCACUUCUACUGCUCUGCCCCAGGGCGCCUCUAGUCCAAGCUUCGCACAUGCAAGUACUGCUGCUCCUGGAGCGUCCCCUAGCCAAACAGUUCCUAAUUGUCCUCCACAGUGCACCACAAGCCAGACAUUAGCAGCUCCAGCCCCUCUGACAGCGCCGGAGCCCCAUUCGAAACACGUGCCGCUGAUGGUUGCAACAUCUUACAAUGACACUCCUACAAGAACUGUUCCACCCUCCAUACUGCGGCGGGAAUCUUCGCCGCCCUGUGUAGUGAAACAGGAGCCAUUGCAGAGCCCACCUCUAAUCAGCCACACCCUUGUCACCCCCUGCUGCGGUUGUGGUAAAGAAAGAGGUGUCGCCGAGAGCUUCUUCGUUACUACGGCGGGACUCCUCCCCUCCGGUCGUGGUCAAGCAGGAACCCUUCCAGAGUCCGCCACGAACUCCCGCUCCGCCGGUACUCUGGCCGUGGUGAAGAAAGAGCCUGGGUCAGAGACCGUUUCGACAAAGAAAGAUAGCAGGAAUCGAGAGCCGUGCGCGGUGAAGCUGGAGCCCGCCGCUGUGAAGGAACCGAUUGUAAAGAAGGAGGUGCACAAGGACAGCAGCAUCAAGAAGGAGUCCCGGAAAGAACACCAGUCAUCUUCCUCAAAGAAUUCACUAAGGGAUCAUUCCACUUCCGAUGCCUCUUGCAACUCGGCCUCACACAAAGAGAGAAGAGAUUCACACUCUCACGAUUCUUUGGACCUACCUGCACCUCUUCCUUUGGCAUCCGUCAAGCAGAGAGUGUCAUCUGUUGACAGCAACGAGUCGGACUCUGCAAAAUCAUCUCGAUCGAGUGAUGCCUACCUCGAAGUUCCCCCAGAAGCCACCUGGAACAGAAGUGAAGACGAAAGACGGUGCAUGGAGCCGGAUGCAAAGCGGCCAAAGCUAUCGCAUUCCUCACGUGACAGAGACAGCUUUGACAAAAGCCACUCGUCCAACAAGUCGAGCUCUUCACACUCCAAGAAAUCUGAGAAGCGACUUGAAAAGUCGUCUUCCUCGUCGUCUUCAUCGUUCAAAUCGGAACGGACAGAAAAAUUGCACUCAUCCUCCUCGUCAAAAAAUGAGUCUGGUGACAAGCAGGAUACGAAACUAUCGUCAGAGUCCAGACGCGAUAGCUCUAAAAGCAAAGACGACAAGAAAUCGUCAAAGUCGAGGGACGGUAGAGAAAAGUCACGUGACCGGCCUAAGGAAAAAGAGUCGAGUAAAGAGAAAUGCCAAGAUUCAAAACAUGGAUCUUCUUCUGGGUCUCAUGCAGGAACCAGUAGUAGCAGCUCCAAGCAGCGGAGAGAACACGGGUCGGACCGCUCUGAAAAAGAAAAGUCAAGAUCCGAAAAGCGUAUGUCGUCUACAAGUGAACAGUCGAGAGACUCGAAAUCGAAGUCCAAGAGCAAAAGCGAGAGCAACUCCGCAUCAGCCCCUCAGGCGUCCGACUUCUGCUUCCUGGAUGAUGAGCCUGUCUAUUUUUCCAUGUAUGACAAGGUGAAGGCACGUUCCAGCCAAAACCAGACACUGAAAGAUCAAGCAAACAUGGAAACAAUGCGGCAAAAGUUCAGCCGGCUCAAGCAGAGUCGUGCCAAGAAGGGGAAGUCUGCGGAUAUGGACUCCGAUCGGGAUUCGGAUCUUUCUAGUCACCACUCCUCUGACUCCGAGAGCAAGUCGAGACCGCCUCACAAGUCCAAACAACUCACCAAGAAGCGCAAGCUGGUCAUUGAGAGCUCGUCGGACGAAAACGAACAAUCGUUUGCGAUGCGACUCUUGCACAAGGAUGAUGACAGCAGCGACUUCUGCUCCGACUCAGAGGUGGAAUCGUACAAGGAAGCCUUCAACAAAUGCAAGGAGAGAAAGGUGGACAUCUCUGAUGUCGAAACCUCGGACUCUGAUGAGCCAUCUCACUUGAUGGCGGCAUCCCGAAAACAAAAGCGGAAGCAGCGCCACUCCUCUGAAAAGUCCAACAAAUCUCGGCACGGAAAAUCUGACAUAGAGAGUUCAGAUGCAGACAUCAGCAGAUCACUAAAGAGGAAGGAGCUGAAGAAGAAAGUGAUGCGUAAGCCUAACAUUCUUAAAUCUGACGCAGAAGGCUCUGAAGACGAGUGCCAUACGAAAACAGAUGAAGGCAAGUCACUGAAACAGAGAUCAUCGAGGCAAGAAGAGUCCAAGUCAGACGUAUCCCACUCCAAGGAAACUGUUGGUCACAGCAGCAGCAGCAGCAAAGUCAAACGGCCAAGCAAGGACACGGAUGAGUCCAAACACGAAGAAGACCUGGAUCUUUCUAGGCAAAGGCACUCCAGUAAAAAACGGAAAAAGUCUAAAAAGUCAUCAAAGCUAAAAGAGAAGAAGUCAACGGAGAAAUCCAGUAUGUCAUCACUGGCUGCUCCAUCAUCGCAGAAGCGGUCCGAUGCACACUGGGAUGUUGGGGAAAUGUUGGAUGAGUCUUCUGUGUCAUCGAAGUACAUCAGUUCACCAAAACAAACUCUCAAUUCACCACCUGUUUUGCAGCCAAGCAUUUUCUCUGAUGUGGAAAUGAAGUCUGAGCUGUCGGAUUACGACUUUGAGCCAUCAUCGAAGCCAGUAGAGAAGGUCAAGGACAGACAUCCUGAAGCACCAUGGGAGAGCAAGCACAAUGUAGUGAGAGAGUUCUCGCCUGUAAAGGAUAUCAAACAGGAAAGAGAAGAGGGAUCAUGCUUGAAAAGGGAGAGCGACUCUGAACUGGACAAGAUCGUCGACGCUCUGAGUGAGGCUGUCGAACCUCGAGGCGUAGCAGUCCAAGAGUUUUCCACCUCAGACAAAAAGGAGGGGUAUGAUGUAAUGGACAGAGUGCCCUAUGACGACGUUACUUGUGACGUACCAUCUACAAGACACCUCAGCGAGGAUGAUGACAACAAAGAAUCAUCCUUGAGGCAGGAAGACUUGAAAAGCAAAGAGCACAGGAAGAAAAAGAAGCAAUCCAAGGAAAAAAAGCGAAAGCACAAAGAGGAGGUCAUUUCGCAGAGCUCCGCAGUGCUAGAGCCAGUUGACGAACCUGCUCCGACAUUUCCUGUGGCAGUGGAUGAAGACAGCAAGCUCACUGAGGACAUUCGCUUAGAUGAAGAUAUAGCCGAGGAAGCAAGGCGUCUCGAAGAGGAGCUGCUGGCACAGUCUGAGGAGACGAGUACAUUCGGUGACGGAGACAGUGUGCCGAGGAGAGAAGAGAAGCCACUGCAGGCAGAAAGGCACUUUGAAGAAGAAGCCGCCAAGGAAACAAAGCGGCUUGAAGAGGAGCUGUUUUCGUCUGGCAGGGACUCGUGGCACAUGAAAGACGAGAAGGUGUACGAUGACGUUGCAACCCAGAAGGAGCCCAAGACUGAUGCUAUGGAUGUGUCCUCAGCGAAAGACAGCAGCUAUUCUAGUCUGGUAGCAACGGAGGAGUUGCCAAGCCGCCAUUCAGCGUCGCCGCACUACCUCAGCCACGACGUGCCAGAGCAGUUCAAGAUGGAUGACAAAGAGCAGAACACAUAUGAGGUUGACAGCCCAAGAAAGAUGGAGGAUGACCUGGCGGUCUAUGCCUUGCUUCAAGAAAUGGGCAACGACGGUAUCUCAGCUCCAGAACUUCCAAAGGAGCCAGACUAUCUAGACACCAUGGUGCAGCAUCAUCAGCCACAGCACGAGGAGUCCAUGAGCUUUUUGCUGCCCGAUGAGAGCUCGAGCUCCCUCCAAAUUGAUACGUCCAUGCCAGAUCUCACACAAGAGGAAAGCAGGGACUCUGGUGGUGCCCUUGAGUUCACAGAUGCCCUGCAGUCUUUGCAACAGCAAGAGCAAUCACAGCCACAGCAGCAGCCACAGCAACAUCAGCAAGAGCAGCAACAGAACGAACAUGAAGAGCUCUUGGAAAAGAUUGCUGAAAGCCCUGUUGAGGAGACCUCCACAUGUGGAACAGCUGAGGAAGAGCCAGCAAGGGAGACAACAUCAGAGCCACCUUUGCUCAUGGAUGCUAAAGAACCCGAACCAAGCAUUGUGCCACCUAAAGAGCUUCCUGAUCUCUCAAAAGCUGUUCUGCAACCGGAAGCACAGAAUACGUCGACAGAAGAGUCUGACAUGGCCGGGGUCACAGCAGCUAAAUCCGAAAAGCAAAAGUUCAAGAGAAAGCGGCGGCGAAGUUCAAGAGCAGACAGCACCAAUCAGCGACUCCUGUCCGAUACAGACGAAGAACACCAGUGUGUCAGUGACAAAGGUUAUGAACAGCGAGGUGAAUCCAUUUCUGCUGAACCAUACCAGUCUGCCAAAGAAGAACCAAGGGCACCGUGUGCAGAAAACAACACCAUUCUUCCUUUAGCAGAGGAAUUCAUGGAAGAGAAGCCUGCAGACACUACAGAUGCUCCAGCUGGAAGUUCGGAUGAUGAGCCAAGCACGGCACAGCACAAGACCCUUGAAGUCACGAAGCAGGAAGAAUUGUUUGAAGCGGCGACUGAACUUGUGCGUGACGUUGCAGCUGAACAGAAGGACAAAGCUGAAGACAUGGAGAUCAUGGAUGAAAACAAUGAAGAUACAGCAGACUUGAGGCAGUGCAGUGCGCACCAGACUGAUGUUCCCAUUGAGAAUGACAGUAGUAAGGAUCAAGAAAUGUUUGAUGACAUGUCUCAUCGUGCGCCAAUUCUCGACAUAAUAGAAACACUUAGUUCUCCGGUUGGAGCUGGAGAAGCGCAUGACGGUGAUCAAGACGAAGUCACACACCAGGAAGGUGACUCUUCUGGUGAACAGUUAGACAACACACUUUCAGCAGAAGAAACUCCAGCACAUUCCACCGAGCCCACUGUGGCAGGAACAGAAGGCAUCAAGCGAAAAACAGGGAGUCGCAAGGGACGCAAGACAAAAUCGAGAAGGGCCUCUGUACCUCGCCUGGAAGUUGCUGAAGUCCCAAAAGUUCCUGCAAGGAGAGGCCGUGCCACGUCUGCUGACAAAGUUCGACGCUGCCUAAGGUCUGAUAACAUUGACAACACGCUGUCUGAGACUGAGGACGCGUCUGCAUUCCCAUCAAGCGAAGUUAAGAAUGAAGCUGCUAAUCUGGAGGCCGAGCCACCACAUGGUGGAAGUGAAGCACAGCAGCACGACGAAGAACGGCUGAGGCUCUCAUUUGACAGCAGCACAUCUAAGGAAAGCACUGACUCAUCAGCUGCCCCGGCUGCAAGCCUAACUGGUGGGCAUAGCACGGACAACGCCUUGCCCGAGGAAAAACUUGGCGACUUCUGCAUGGACCCUUACAAGGAGGAACCCAAAAAGAGAAGAGGACGGAAGAAGAAGAGCUCUGGAGAGCAUCAUUCUGGUCGCAUAUCACCUGUUCUCGACAAGACGUCAGAUCUGAGGAGUGAAGACCACGAUUUCAAGGAUGCAGACAAGCAAAAAGAACGACCCCUUUUCAUUUGCACGCGACAAGGUUCAGCAGCGCAAGAACACAAGUUGACAAAGGGCAGUACAGCGAGUGCCUAUGACGUGUACGAGUUCAAGGAUUCUGAAGAUGAAGAGGAGACUCAGUUCGGGGGUACUGAUUGGCAAGUGGCACCCGAGAAGCACCUCGAGAGGCACAUAGAGUCUGCCCCAAAAACUGCCGAACACGCCAUCCACGAAGAAGGCAAGAUGCACGAGUUGAGACCCGCCGAGUGUCCAGCCUUUGAAAGCAAACUCCCAGAAUCUAACGCUCAUGAUGCCAGGCUACACGAGACCAAGACUCAUGAGCUGAGAUCUCAUGAUGCCAGUAGAAUGCACGACGUCAAGAGCCAUGAUGGCAAGGUUCAUGACAGCAAGGCCAACGAGACUGUCAAGACUUAUGACACCAAGGCCCAUGAUGCCAAAGCAAGCGACACCAAGACCAACGAGGUCAAGGUAUACGAGGUCAAGGCACACGAGGUCAAAGCUCACGAGUCACAGCAUGAAAAGCGGCACGACGAGAGCAAGCACAAGACCUUCCAGCACGAAGAUAAGGAGGCUUGCACCAAAGAGUACGUCACCGAGCUUAGUCAGCAUGGCAAGAUUUCCAUCACUAUCCGUCUGCACCAGAAGGACGGCCAUGAUGGCAGCUCGUCCAGCACGGCUGAAGUGGUCAAGACAUCGGAAGCAGUUGCUGGAGACGACACUCGGCAGGAGAAGGUGCCACCCGCCAAGCAAGAACCGACUGACGCUCAUCAAAUCAAGACCAGGAAGUCGGCUCGGCUCAUGUCGCAAGCCAACAAGACCACCAUUGACGAGACCAUUGAAGAUGUAGUCAAAGGACACUUCAAGGCACUCGAAGAAGAAGGUGACUUGCACUCGGAAGGCCCCAUGACCCGAGCUGCUCGAAGAACAAGGUCAAGUAGGCGGAAUGAGGAAGUGCCAUCAAAAUCUGAACCAGAAGGUGCCACUGAAGCAACAAAAGCAAAGAAUGAGACCCCAGUGCUUAUCAUUGCCGACAACAAAGUCAAGGAUAAUGUUGAGGAGAGCAAACCAGUUGUUCCUGUUUCUACUAUUGUUCCACCCCCAUUGCCACCACCACCAUCACCAUUACCACCACCAGUAGCACCAGCAGCGGCAGCAGUAGAAACAUUAAGCACAAUAACUGACUCAGAGCCCACUAGCAAACCAGAAUCCAAGAUGUCUCUGCGAUCCUUCAGGUUCACACGAUCUGCAGCCAAGGCAGAAAUGUCAAAGGACAUGGGUGUGAAGGAAGAACCUUCCCACGAAACUGAACCUUUCAAAGAUGACCUUUCCUUGCAGCAACAGCCUAGGCCCGAGGCAAUUCGUGCAGAUGCUCAGCAAGCAACAGUUACUGCACCACCAGCAAAGCACGAACAAACAGCAGUCAAGGAUGAGCAGAAGGUGAAAGCCUCUGCGGGUCCGUGCGAAACCGAAGACAGUGACUCGCGACUGAGCCCGACAGAGCUCAUUGACCCUGUCACAGGUUUCCUGACACCUGUAAAUAAAAGUGGAGAGUCCUCAAUGGUAGCAGCAGCGGCCGCUACAGUAACAGCCACGGCAGCUGCAACUCCAGUGGCAGCAUCUGAGGCUGAGGUUCCAUCAAGAAUUGUGAAGCCACAAGGCCAACAGAUGGCGGCAAGCAUCAUAGACACCAAAACUACAGCUGUCAGUUCUUCAGUGGAUGCGAGCAUUUCAUCCUGGUCGAUACCGUCUCAGUCCAUUGUGGAUGACUCGAAAUCGCAACAGAAAGAAGGCAAGCCUCCUCUCGAACUGAUUCAGCGACCACCAGUACUGGCGCACUCCGGCACGCCAAAGAGCCACGGAAUUUUACAAGCUCCUGUAAUCCAUGGCAGGCCUACACAACAAGCACUUGUUACAACCAUGUCACCAUCAGAACAUCAGAAGGUGCCUGCUGCUCAUGUAAGGCCCGAGGCAGCCAUAAGCAAGCCAUCUGAGAUGCCCGUUGGCCCUGCCGUAGCAGCCAUAAAGAUUCCAGAGCAGCACCCGCCCAGCAACAUGCCCAUUAGCACAUCAGUGCCAACAGGUGCCAUGCCGGGCCACUUUAUCGGUGCAAAGGACUGUCACUGCCACAAGUGGGACAGCCCCCCGUGUCUCUGGGGCAGCCACCAGCCUUCCAUGUCACUGGGUCAACCUCCACUUGGUGUGUGGGUUGGGCCCCGUCCGCCCAUCGGACCCCAGUACCCAUCAUCAUUUACCAGCCUGACGGGACAGCAGCAUCUGGUUAGGGGCGUGCAUCCUUCAGUGGUGCGUACACCGUCGCUACCGCAACAAGAAGCUGCCAACAAGAUGCCUGGCGCUGCGCAUGCAAUGGUUGGAGGGCCCAACCCUUCACAGGUGCACUGCAGUCAACCAAAGAUGGAGGGCCCAGCAUCGCAGCUGUCGGCACAGCAGCCCCACCACCAUCCACAGCAACACAUCCAGUCACACCCAUCACAUGCGUCGCAGCAACACUCGCAGCUGCACGCACCAUCACCUCACCAGCAGCUGAUGCAGCAGCAGCAACAGCAGCAUCAGGUACCACAGCAGCAGGCAUUGCAACACCAGCUGUCUCAACACCACCAUCAGCAACUACAGCCACCAUCACAGCAGCAGCACCAGCAGCAGCACCAGCAGCAGCAACCACAGCAAGGUCCGGGCUUGCACCCGUCACACCACCCGGGUGAGAUCAAGGGAGUGCCCGUGUCGGUGACCCAACACAUUCAGUCGCCGCAGCAGCCGCAUGUGGUCACCUCAGCUCACAUCAAGGCCGAGGGCUUUGCUAUGCCAUCGCAGGCCAUGGGACGCGUGGGCUCCGCGUCUCGCACACCUCCGGCUCCAGUGCCACGUCAGAUGACCCUGGUGGAGGGAGUCGUGGCCAGCAGAAGCCAAGGUCCUCCACAACCACAAGGCCCUGCCAUAAUGACCCAAGCACCCACGAAGAUUCAUGAACAGAGGGCACCGGUCGGAUCCAAGGGAUCCCUGUUGGGGAACCAGCAUGCUGCAAAACAGACUGGUGGCUUCCUUCAACCCCCAUUCGGGGGUUACGAACCCUCAAGCAUGCCCGGAAGCUCGCAUGCUGCCACUGGGGGCUCAACUGGGGUGGCUGCACCUGGCGGAGGCGUAAUAGCCGAACUUCUCCAGAAUCCACACCUUAUGCAGCAGCACAAAAACUACCAGCUAGCUGUUGCUGCUUCACAGUACAUGGGAGGCGGGCCGUUGGGGCGACCAGGAGCGAGCUUGCAUGUUGGUGGCCCCAACCCCACCGCCACACCGCCUCAAGAGCUGCUGCACCUACGUCCUACACCUGGUCAACAACUGCUGGUGGCUGGCCACCUGGGCAUGCACACGCCAGAACUCUCAGCCUACAUGCACCACCAGCAGAUGCUGUAUGCAGCGGCACAGCAGCACCCUCACUAUGCCCUGCCGCCCGAAGCACAGGGGCUGCGGUUCGCAUACCCAACCGGCGGAUUCAGAGCACCACCCGAGCCUCGUGAGGGCAUAACAAAGGAAGUUCGACCACCGCCGCCGCUCAAAGGGAGCGAUGCGGAGCCCACCGUAGCCGAAGGAGCGCCCAAAGAAGUCCCCAGCAAAGAGUUACUGCGGCCGCCAUUCCCACCUUUGCGACAAACGAGCCCCCGGGUGGCCUCGUCACCGCAGGAGCGAGUGACAGACUCCCCCGCGGUGGCCAGCCCCUACGGUCUGCGGGGGGCCGGUCAUCUCGGGCCCGCGGACAAGGGUCCCUCCUCGGACGAGCCUCCCAAGCCUCCUGUCGCCCACCAGGGCUUCCAUGAACCGACGGGGGGCCUGGGGGGCUCGCCGCCCUUCCUGCACUCGCCGGGAGGCGCGUUGGCUCUCAAAAAGGAGGCCGACGUGGCCAAGAAAGGGGUUUCGUUCGAUCGGCGCCAGACAGGCCUCGAGGCACCUCUGCAUCUCGGCCCGCCGCCUGCGCAUGCCUUGGCACCUCCACCUGCGGCACCUCGAUCUCAGCCACAGACACCGCCACAUGCCAGCCAAGUGCCUCCACAGGGGGACUCCUUUUUGUUACAGCGCUACCCUGUCAUGUGGCAAGGCCUGCUAGCCCUAAAGAACGACCAAGCAGCCGUGCAAAUGCACUUUGUGUCGGGCAACUCCAGGAUUGCGGUCGCGUCCCUUCCACCCAUGACCGACGGCUGCACGCCUCCAGUCCGCAUCGCCCAGCGGAUGCGGCUUGAGCAGACACAGCUGGAAGGAGUUGCUCGAAAAAUGCAGAUGUUGGAUGAGCACUGCAUUCUGCUAGCCUUACCCUGCGGACGAGACCACAUGGACGUACUGCAGCAGUCCAACAACCUACGAAAUGGAUUCAUCAAUUACCUGCAGCUGAAGCAGGCUGCUGGCAUUGUCAACGCGGCCGCCCCCGGGUCUCAGCAGCCGGCCUACGUGAUCCACAUUUUUCCUUCCUGCGAGUUCUCCAAUGAGAACCUGGCACGCAUCGCACCAGACCUGCUGCACAGCGUCAGCGACAUCGCCCACCUGCUGGUGAUCAUCGCCACCGUGUGAACGAGGGGACGGAGGACAACAAAAAAAAAAAAGACUGUCCGCGGUUCCUUUUGCUCCCCUCAGGCAUUCACGUCUAAGAAACAGAUCUCGCCGUCAACCUGUCCUCGGCAGACAAACAAAAAAGACUUGAAGUGUGAAGUCCCGUUGUUCCGCACAAAACUGUGAAAAGAAGUGAAAAACAACCAAAACCCAAGAAACCAAUGGUGCUCUGCUAACAACUUCGUUAUCUUUUGGCCACUUGCAUAUUAUGGCGCAGAGAGUUUUAUGGGAGACGGAGGGACGGCAGCUCCGCGCCUCCACCACAACCUGCCCGAAACCCCAACGCCUGUGUUGCCUGCUUUUUUUUUUUCCUCCCUUCCCGGGAGUUGCUUUCGCGUCGCCGCCACGAGCACCGUGCAUGCAGUUGGUCGCUGCCGUCCCUCAUCUUCGCCCCUGUUUUCAUUUCCUGUGUUGUUGAGAGAGAGAGAGUAUGUCGCACUACUGCAUUUGGGUUGGGUGAAGGUCGGGCAAGUCGAAGAUUGUAUGGGUGACACUUGCGCACCGGAAAACGAGGGGUGGGGCGGGCGAGGUGUUUUUUCGUUUCGUCGAGAGUUCUCCCGUCAUAGUGUCUUGUACAUAAGUGAUUGAUGUGAAUGUGUACAUAUAUUUAUGUAUACAUACAGUAUAUAUAUAUACAUACACACAAAUAUAUAUAUAUAUACAUAUUAUGUAUAUGAAGUAAUAAUCUCCAGUUAAAAGAGAGCAUCUCCAGUCUUUAACGUAGAAGGCUGGUUCGAACGUUGGAACAGAAGAAAAAAAAAAAAAAAGAACAGAGAUGCAUUGAGAAAGCGAAGAGAGAGAAAAAUACGCGCUAUAUAUAGAUGCAGGCUCAAACUACCAUGUGAUAUAAGUAAAUAAGGCAAAGAUUUUCCGUGUGUACAUAUUAUUAGCCGAGGCGAGAAGGUUAAUUGUGCUCUCCUUCAAAAAAGAAAACUGUUGUCCAAUGCAUGUGUGUGUAUGUAUGUACGUAUGUAUGUAGGUGUGUGCAUAUUGACAACAGUAGUAUUGUACAGUUUCUGUAUAAUGUUUCACUCAUAGAAGAAAAAGGGUGGCGCGAAAGGUGUUUUUUCUUCAAGUCAGGGAUUUCAUUGCCACACACGUACCACACACACACUACACCACAUGCGUGUGCUUGCUUAAAUGGCAUGCGGAGCCGCGCAAAAAGAUUCACGUCAUUGUACAGAGUGUUGUCACGAACUGCUCCUUCGUUGCGUAAACAAAAGACAACAACAAAAGAAACAAAAACAUGGUUGUGGAGAGCGAGACGUAGAAACCACCCCCCGCAGGAUUGUGAAGUGCGUUUCCUUUCGAUGCAUACCCAGUGUACAUUGUGUUGUUGCAUAUUGCACAAUUUUUUUUUCAUCAACACGGACUAUAUGUUGCAUCAGUGACACAGUGUUAUGCGGCUUUUUUUCUUUUUCGAUUGUCGGUCACUUAAGAUUGCUCAGAUUGUGUACAGCAGUUCUUCGAUUUUUCUCACAUUUCUCAUUUUCAUUCAUUGUGUUUAGUUGUACAGAAGAAAAAAAGAUUGUACCUGGCAUAGUUUUUAAUUUUUUUUCUCUUCUUGUUAUUGUGAAAAAGCGAACCUUUGUGCAUUUUAUUCACACUUUACAGAGGGUGUUGAUUUUUUUUUUUUUUCUCGAUCACGGAGACAAAAUGCUUUUUUCUUUUUUUACCCGACCCCCUCAUUGCUUUCUGGGAGGAAGGGAUGGGGGGUGAUGUCUAGGUGGUCAAGUCUAGCGUGACUGUAAAUUUUGUACAUAAGCUGCUACGUGUGCGUUGUAUUGUCUGUACAUUCAACAACAAACCUUUCUCUUCAAAAUUUAAAAAAAAAAGGAAAAGGGGGGGAAAAACGAUUCUUUGUGAUGUCUUUUCAAAGCCACACCUCACAUUUCUCAAAGUGGAAAAAAAAGUUUGCUCGGAGGCGUACGGCAGUCCGAAUGAGUUGAGACGCUUGUCACCGAUUGAUGGGAUGCUGAUGAAGUGUUGGUGUUUCUUGCAAAUUGCAUUUUUUUAACCCAGUGAUUUUAUUGAAAAGCAAAGUUUAUGCUAUUUAUAGUUUCUCUGCGUGUUUGAUGAUGAACCGCAUUUUAAUCAGCAAGCGCAGUUCCACAUUAAAAAUGGACAUUAGGCAUUGCGUUUGUUUUGCAGCGGGCAUUGCGGUUCACGUAAUGCGAUGCUUGCGUUGAAAGUAACAGUGUGUGUGAAAUGUUUUCCCACAUGCCAAUUGCUGCUUAACUCUUUUAAUUUUGAAAUUUAGGGAGAGGUACUUCAGAUAGAUGCACAGGCAAGGAAGGCGUUGUAAGAGAGAAAAGGGGGGGGAAAAAAGGGUGUGGACAAGGUAAUGGUCGAAAAAACACGAUGCACCUUAGUGUGUGAGGGGGUGGGGGGCGUGAAGAGAGGGAGGGGGGUCGCCGACUCCUCCUUGCCGUUUUUCUCCCGUUUGCUCAAGCCAUUUUUUAAAGGAGUCUCUAUCUAUAUAGUACUACCAACCGGUGUAUCGUCAAGACGUUUACUACAUUGUGGGGAAAUGUCUCCCAGUCGUUUCUCAAACACCAGGGCAGGAUUUUCACUUCCUUUUGAUGCGACCCACGCGUGCGUUGCAGAGGAAUAAAAAAUGCGUAGGAAGGGGCGUUCCACUACCUUAACCAAACGACUGUUCUAUAUUCUGUUCUCUCUGCUACUCCAAUCAUUGUUCACAUGUGCGCUCCAUUUUUAAUGUGUGAAAGAAAAAAAAAAGUGUUUACGUCAACUGAUUUUUAUUGUCUGUGGCUGGAUGUCAUAAAAAAAGAAAUAAGGGGGCCAAACCUGGGUCCCCGCGCACCCCCGUCCUCCCCCUUGGCUACCCAAACUUGUACAUAGUGGCAUCCACCGAGGGGCGCCUUGGGGGUGGCCGGCAAGGUCGCCUUGGGCUGGGUUUGACACACCACACCCUCGCAAGUUUUUCUUCCCCCUUUUUAUCCCAUUUCUUCUCAUUUUUUAUUUUUAAUUUCUUUUUUGUCCAUACCACGCAGAGCAGUGAUACACAUAAGUUAUUAGUAACGUAAAUAAAAUGAGGAGGUGUAACAAAUGAAAAAAA